UUUUGAUAUUAGCAUCUUUAAUUGCGCAAUUAAAAGAAAAUGACAGCUGCUAACCUACUGCAAUUGGGGGUUUUUCUUCGACCCGUCAAACGCCAUUAACGCCUUCACUUCAAGUUUUAAAAUUCGAACCAUCCCCAAUUAUUUUUUACAUCGUUUUCGAAAAUCCCAAAAAUCAAUUUUUUUUUCUCUUUUUUCUGCAAAGAUUUGCUUAGAAAGAUGCACUUAUGGCCGUCGAUGAGGCUAAGGGACUCCUUCAAGAACAACUACUUGAAGAAACUCGAAUGGAAUCUCAGUCGAAUGAACGAUGAAAAUCAGCAAGCAAAUCGGUCCGACGGGAAUCAGCAGAAGCUAUUGGAAACUGAUGAAAAUGGUUCGGAAAAGUCAGCGUCUGGAGGAAUUGGUCUUAUUUGCAGAGAGGUCCUCAUGAUUCUCUCUUGCUGUUACUGCUGUUUCUGCUGCGGAGCUUGUAUUGAAGAUGAUGAAGAGAGCAGCUGAAACAAACAGCAGUAAUGGAAGUUUGGACUUGUACAGAUUUGUUGUAUUCAAAUAGAUGAAUUUUCAUAUUGUAAUAUUUGGGGAUUUUAAUUUUGGAUUUUAGACCUAAUAUUUUAUAACUUCUUACUGGUUUAUGGGUAAAUAACACUUACCCCCUUGUGGUUUGAACUUUGUGCACAUGACCCCUUGUACUUUCAAAAGUUUCAUCUUCCUAAUGAGCGUAUGAUUAUUUACCAAGUGGAAUCCUAUAGGGGGUUAUGUACUUAUAUUAAAACUGCAUGGGGUCAUGUGGUUAUAUUGAAAUUACAAAGGGUCGUUUGCAUAAAGCUCAAACUACAUGGGGGUUAAGUGUUAUUUAUCAUUUUUUUUAUUAAUAAGUUGUUGUUGCCGGUAA